UUAGUUGUAAAACGUGUCGUAUGUUUCCAGCGCCUCCGUCGUCUUUGUUAGAUUCCUCUUCCGACAAAACGGAGCCGCCAGUCCCCACUCGUUGGAUGUCCCCGUGCUCGGUAGCGCACCCCCGGCGUGGAGCGGUUCUUGCGGCACCGGCACCGCGGCGACAGCUCCCUGCUCGGCGGUUUCCGGUGUUCGUCCGUCAGCGGGAGGAUGGCGUCUAGUUUCUACCGCAUCCCUUCUCCCGCCGCCGCCGCUGCCGGUCCUCCGACCCCCAUUAACGCCGAAUGUCGUCGGCUUCAGUGCGAGGACUGCAACGGAGAACACCAAUAAACAAGCCCGGUUUCAUGUUUAUCUUCAAGGACGCGUGCAUCCCGCAGCGACCCCCGUCACCCAGUUUGCCGUUUCACAAACCUAAUCAGUGUGUGCUCCAGUGCGGCACUAUAAACCUUUUUCCCAGGGUCUGAAUCCUUGCGUUGUAAAGCGGAAGCAUGACCGAGGCGUGGCAGCAGCAGCAACAGCAGCAACAACAACAGCAUGCGGUGGCGCCGCCUUCCGUCGUCCAUACGCUUCCCCAGACGACGGACAACACUCUAGCGUGCACCGUUUACGGCGUCGUACUUCAGCCGGAUCCGUCGUUGCAGCAGCAGCAACAGCAGUUGGGUCAGCAACAUGUGGUGCAAUCGCAACAGACUUCCAUGCAGAUCGCGGCGGAACGCGUGCACAAGUGCGGCGCGUGCGGCCUCGAUAUCUCUCACCUGGCCAACCCGCACGAACACCAGUGCAUGGUGACGCAAGACCGCUCCUUCCAGUGCACGCAGUGCAUGAAGAUCUUCAGCCAGGCCACGGACCUUCUGGAGCAUCAGUGCGUCCAAGUGGAGCAGAAGCCGUUUGUGUGCGGCGUGUGUAAAAUGGGCUUCUCGUUGCUGACGUCUUUGGCGCAGCAUCACAACUCCCACGGCAACGGCAACAAUCCGAUGAAGUGUUCCAUUUGUGAGAAAACGUACCGUCCCGGAUCCGGGAACGUCACCCCGACGUCGUCUGCGGCCAAUCCCCAGCAGCCGUCGGCCGGCGAGACGUCCGGUGGCGGCGCGGCAAUCAGUGCCUCGUCGCCGCCGGCGUUUGAGGCCGCCGCACCCGAUAGGCCGUACAAGUGCUCGGUGUGCCAUAAGUCCUUCCGGCAUUUGUCCGAGCUGACCCGCCACGAAAGGGUCCACACAGGUGAGAAGCCGUACAAAUGCGACACAUGCGAUAAAAGCUUCAGCCAGUCCUCGCAUCUGGUGCACCAUCAGCGCACCCACAGCUCCGAGCGGCCAUACAAGUGCGCCGUGUGUGAGAAGAGCUUUAAGCACCGCUCUCACCUGGUGCGCCACAUGUACGCGCAUUCGGGCGAGCACCUCUUCAAGUGCAAUUUGUGCGAGAUGCACUUCAAGGAGUCCUCGGAGCUCCUGCACCACCAAUGCCAGCCGGAAGGAGAGCGCCCCUUCCGCUGCGCCUCGUGCGGGAAGAGCUUCAAGCGGCCGUCGGACCUGCGGCAGCACGAGCGCACGCACUCCGAGGAGCGGCCUUUCCAGUGCGAGGAGUGCCAGAUGAGCUUCAAGCAGCAGUACGCGCUGGUGCGCCACCGCCGCACGCAUAAGAACCCCGCCGAGCGCCCGUUCAAGUGUAAUCUCUGCGAUAAGGGCUUCCUGCAGCCAUCUCACCUGCUCUACCACCAGCAGGUGCACGGCAUGGAGAGCUUAUUUAAGUGCGCGUCGUGCCAGAAGUCUUUUAGCCAAUCCGGCGAGCUCCUGCGGCACAAGUGUGGCGGCGAGGUAGAGAAGCCCUACAAGUGCGACGUGUGCGGCAAGGGUUACAAAAAGAACUCGACGCUGCAACGCCACCAAAACACUCACUGCGCAGAGAAGCCGCUGAAAUGCUCUCUGUGUGACAAGCGCUUUGUGUCAUCCUCAGAGUUUGUCCAGCACCGCUGCGACCCGACCCGCGAGAAACCGCUGAAAUGCCCCGACUGCGAGAAACGCUUCCGGUACUCGUCCGAGCUGCAGCGCCACCGCCGCGUCCACACCGGGGAGAAACCGUUCAAGUGCGCGAGCUGCGACAAGAGCUUCAAGCAACGCGAGCACCUGGCCAAGCAUCAAAGCGUGCACUCGCGGGAAACGCAGUUUAAGUGCGUGUGGUGCGGCGAGCGCUUUGUCGACCUCGCCGCGCUGCAGGAACACACGGUGCAGCACACGGCCGAAGGUGAGAGUUUCCCGGAAGCGCCCUGCAUCCCCUGAAAAGGCGGGACCCCCCGCCCACGGACAUCGGCCUCCGCGCUCUCUCGCCCCCUUUUUUUUUUUUUUUUAGGAUCUAACACACGGCCGUGAAAAAUAUGUUUAACGAUUUGUAGUAGCUAUUACGUUCAGACUUCUUUGAGUAACAAAAAAAAAAAAAAAAAAAAAGCAAACCUCAGGAUCAGGAAUCCGCUUAUAAUCGAGGUAAAGACUUCAAGAGCGAAGAAGGCGUGAUGUAUGUAAAGUGUGCGUUAUGAUCAGUUACCUUUUUUCUGUGGUUGCAUGUGACUUUUUUUUAUUUUUAUUUUUAUUGUUUACUCUUGUGGAUGACAAGACAAGCUGUUUGUGUAUCGCUCCUGACAUCCAUGUGCCUUUUUUUUUUUUUUACAAAUCUUAUGUUUUUAUUGAUUCCAUGUCCAGUAUAGCAGUCCCUCCCAUCAUCAUCAUCAUCAUCAUCAUCAGCAGUAUCUUUUCCACAUACUAGACCUAGUGUCAUCUCUUUGUGCAUGACUAUUUAUCACAUUUAGUAUCACUGUUUGUAUUAUAAGUUUGUUUAUUUAGGAGGAGAAAAAAAAAUCACCAUAAGUUGAGAAGAAAAAAAAAAAGUGAAUUUGUGAAAACUGUAUAGCCUGUGUCCUAUAAAAAAAAAAACUAUGUGUUAUUGCAUCUUUGUAUUAAAAGAAAUGACUAGGUAGCACAUACCUAUCAUGUCACGAGAACACUUGACACGUGCAAUAGAACAUGCACAAUGUAAUAUUUAUGACUACUGAUUCAUUUGCAUAGUCUACCCUAUUAUUAGAGAUUGUGUGUAUGCGCUCAUGUAAACUGAAAAAUGUGUAGUGCUUCUGUUAUGUUAUGUUUUCUUUCUACUCUUUAAAAUAAGCUUGCCGAUAUCUUUGCAAGGACUUAAGUUUCAGUUUGAAUUCUCACAUUUACUCCUGACCAGCUGUCAAAACAUUAUUAUGGUCAUUUAUAAGAAAGUAGAAGCAAAUUACAAUUAAGUAACGGGACUUAAUUCCUCAUCAAUAACUCCAAACGGCCCUUAAAAAAAAAUGCUACAUAUGCAUUUUGUUAGCGUUGAGUAUGAAUCGAAAAUAUAUUCCGUGCAACUUUUUUUGCAGUAUAUUUAAAGAAAGGGACGCAUUAUAGCGGAUAAAGAGCAGACUAUAUCCUAUAUACGGGAGUUUAUAGUUGUGUCACUUUUAAUUUGGCUUCACGCUCCCAACUGGAUGAUGAGGUGAUAGAAUGUUGGAUUUACACAAAUGGAUAUCGUAUCGACUCCUGUUCAAACUGUACACGUUCAUGUAAAAUAAACCACAUUGAGAAAAAUGACUGUUGAAUGGAUUUUCUAUGGGUAGAGUUUCAAUGCCUAACAAUUCUGUUUUUGGAUUAUUAUUUUUUUUACUUUUCACUUUUAAUGGGAUGCUUUUUCUGCAGAAAUAGUCAUUUAUAAAUAAUGAAUUUUCUAUGUGUAGAGUUUCAAUGGCCAAAAAUUCAGUUUUUGGAUUAAUUUUUUUUUAUUUUUUAAUUUUUUUUUAAUUUUUCACUUUUAAUGGGAUGUUUUUUCUGCAGAAAUAGUC